AUAACGAACCGACUGAAAGAAAAUUCAACAGAGCAGCCAUCCGGUACAAUUGCUCCCUUCAACCGAUCAUUCCCAGAUUCCCACUUGGCAGAAUCAAACCGUCCACCGCCUGACCCGACUUCGCCAAUUGACGGCUAGCAAUGUGUCGGCGGUGGGUCCAAUUGCUGCUCCCGAUCCCGAUACGUGUGCGAUGAGAGAUUUUUGUCACUGACACGCAAUAAUUGCUCCCCACGAUAUCCACAGCCCAGCGACUUUUAUGGAGCGACAAAAGGGGAAGGAAGAGGGAGGGCUGGCCCUUGGGGAAGUCGUAAUCCAAGAGGAGGAGAGCUUGUCAUUGCUCUUGGGUACACAAGGAGAAGACUUGUGCACUCAAGAGGAGGGGGGUGAAUUUGUUGGAAUGGAGCACCAAGACGAUGUUCUUGGUGCUGGCCCUCCUAAGAAGGUGCUCUCCGAUGAUCAUUUGGCCGUUGAAAUCCCUGAGACUGCCCAUCAAAUCAGCCAGGAUUCAUGGUUUCAGGUGGGGUUUGUCCUCACGACUGGAAUAAACAGCGCUUAUGUGCUGGGAUAUUCUGGUACAGUCAUGCUUCCUUUAGGUUGGCUGGGUGGUGUACUAGGGUUGAUUUUAGCAACUGCUAUUUCGCUUUAUGCAAAUGCUCUUGUUGCCAAGCUCCACGAAUUUGGAGGAAAGAGGCAUAUCAGAUACAGAGACCUAGCAAGAGCUAUAUAUGGUCAGAAAGCUUAUUCGCUCACUUGGGGAUUGCAAUAUGUGAAUCUUUUCAUGAUCAAUGUUGGAUAUAUCAUUUUGGCUGGCCAGGCUCUGAAGGCUGUGUAUGUUCUUUACUCAGAUGACCACGUCAUGAAGCUGCCAUACUUUAUUGCGCUAGCGGGUUUAGGAUGUGGCCUUUUUGCCAUCAGUAUACCUCAUCUGUCAGCUUUAAGGAUUUGGCUGGGAUUUUCAACAUUAUUCAGCCUAAUAUAUAUUGUUAUUGCAUUUGCACUAGCUCUUAAAGACGGGAUUGAAGCUCCUCCCAGGGACUACAGCAUUGCCGGAACCAAAUCAAGCAGAUUUUUUACUACCGUUGGUGCAGUUGCAAACCUUGUUUUUGCAUUCAAUACUGGAAUGCUUCCAGAGAUACAGGCGACAGUGAGACAACCAGUUGUUUCAAACAUGAUGAAAGCUCUUUACUUUCAGUUCACAGUUGGUGUUUUGCCAAUGUAUGCUAUCACAUUUAUAGGAUAUUGGGCCUAUGGAUCCAACACACAGACAUAUUUGCUGAACAGUGUUAGUGGCCCUGCUUGGGUGAAGACGCUGGCCAAUAUUGCAGCCUUUCUUCAAACUGUCAUCGCCUUACAUAUAUUCGCAAGUCCGAUGUACGAAUACUUGGAUACAAAAUUUAACAUAAAAGGAAGUGCAUUGGCUUUUCGCAACUUGUCCUUCAGGAUUGGAGUACGAGGCGGUUACCUAGGGAUAACCACUUUCAUUGCAGCUUUGCUGCCAUUCCUGGGAGACUUUAUGAGCCUUACUGGGGCUUUCAGCACAUUCCCCCUAACUUUUAUACUUGCGAACCACAUGUACCUUGUCGCUAAGAAGAACAAGCUGACGUCCAUGCAAAAGAGCUGGCAUUGGUUAAAUGUCUGUUUCUUUGGUCUCUUGGCUGUUUUAGCAGCAAUUUCUGCUUUGCGGCUUAUUGCAGUAGACUCGAAAACGUACCAUAUAUUUGCAGAUCUAUGAUUUUUUAGGCAGUUCCAGAGGCAAAAUUAAUCCCACGUCUGUUUAUUUGUUGACAUUCCAGGUGUAGGGUGUGGCUUUUCUCAGAAUAAGAAGUGGUUUUUCUUUAUUGAGUC